AUGGAGAACUCAGAAUCCAAUGUGAAGCUCGACGAGACUCGUGAUGUUGAGUCCGGCUCGGAGAAGAAUACCACCCUCGCGACAACAGAAGGGCCGGAAUACCCUUCUUUUGCAAAGGUGGUGGUCAUAAUUUUGGCCCUCUAUCUUGCAGUCUUCCUCGUGGCACUUGACCAAACCAUCAUUGGUGUGGCAAUCCCCAAGAUCACAGACGAGUUCAAAAGUAUCUCAGAUAUCGCAUGGUAUGGAAGUGCUUACUUCCUAACGUCUACGGCUCUCCAGCCCUCGUAUGGUAGGAUCUAUAAAGUCUUCAGUGUGAAAUGGGCAUUCUUAUCCGCCAUUGUUAUCUUCGAGAUUGGUUCGCUGAUCUGUGCAGUGGCCCCGUCCAGCACGGUGUUGAUCGUCGGACGGGCCAUUGCAGGAAUUGGAGUCGCCGGUAUAUUCUCAGGGGCCAUGGUCAUCAUCGCUAUGACUGUUGCACUACCAAAGCGCCCGCUCGUUUUUGGUAUGUUUGGCAUGGUAUGGGGAAUCGCCUCGAUUGCAGGUCCACUUCUCGGUGGUGCUUUUACCGAUGGUGUUACAUGGAGAUGGUGUUUUUACAUCAAUCUCCCGAUCGGCGCUCUAUCAAUCGCAGUCAUCUUGUUCAUUCUUAAACUUCCAGUCAAGAAUGAAUUCGCUGGUUCCUCAAUUCUAACGCGCAUCCGACAGUUGGAUCUCAUCGGAGCCACACUGCUUAUUCCAGCCAUCAUCUGCUUACUGCUUGCUCUCCAAUGGGGUGGAAAUAAAUACCCCUGGGGCAACUCAAAGAUCAUCGGCUUGUUUGUUGGAUUCGGCUUGAUGAUUAUCCUCUUCGUUGUCUCGCAGAUCUGGCUCGGCGAGAAGGCCACACUGCCACCUCAUAUUCUGAAGAAACGUACAGUUUAUUGUGCUGCGCUUUUCGCCUUAUUCUUCGGUGGUGCAUUUUUCCUUCUGGUCUAUUACGUGCCCAUCUUCUUCCAAAGUGUUAAAAACUCAUCUGCCAUGAAAUCAGGAAUUCAGCUUCUUCCCUUGAUGCUUGCUACUGUCGUCUCCUCUGUAGCGGUGGGGGUAUUGGUGACUAUUGCUGGGUAUUACACUCCAUUCUUGAUUGGCAGUACUGCAAUCGCAGCAAUUGGAACUGGAUUGAUCACCACAUUCGACUCCGAUACAUCCACCUCCAAAUGGAUUGGCUAUCAAAUAUUGGUUGGCGCAGGAGUCGGCGCUGGCUUCCAAAUCCCAAUGACUGCAGUUCAAACCGUUCUUACCCAAGAGGAUAUCCCCGUUGGAACUGCCAUCGUGAUGUUUUUUCAAACUCUGGGCGGUGCGCUCUUUCUGGCCGUUGCUCAAUCCGUCUUCCAAAACGGCUUGAUUGACGGUAUUGGCAAAUACGCUCCUGGUGUCAGUCCUGCUGCCAUAGUAGGGGCUGGUGCAACAGAGAUGCGACACGUACUUAGUGAGCUUGGUCAACUUGACCAGCUUGGGGGUGUUAUCAAAGCAUACAUGGGAGGGCUUCAAAAUGCCUAUCGUGUGAGCCUUGCCCUUAUGGUCGUCGCAUUUCUAUCCAGCUGUUUCUUCGAGUUCAAGAGCGUGAAAAAGGCCGACCAAGAUGGCAAAAUUGAGCAUGCAAUUCCAGCUCUCUAA